AUGUGUCAUAGCUACUACGGCAACUCCUGCGGCUACGGCUGUGGCCUGGGCUGUGGCUAUGGCUGUGGCUAUGGCCCUUAUUAUGGCUGUGGAUACGGCUCUCUCUAUGGCUGCGGCUACGGCUGCGGCUACUCCUGUGGCUACGGCUGUGGCUACGGCUGUGGCCUGGGCUGUGGCUACGGCUGUGGAUACGGCUCUCGCUAUGGCUGUGGCUACGGCUGUGGCUCUGGCUGUGGCUAUGGCUAUGGCUGUGGCUAUGGUUCUGGCUGUGGCUAUGGCUGUGGGUACGGCUCUGGCUAUGGCUACAGAUGCUGUGGCUACCGCCCCUAUUGCUACAGAAGAUGUUAUUCUUCUUGGUGCUAG